AUGUUAAUAAAAUAUGAAGGUCCACAAUUUAGUUCAAAUGAGUUUUUGAGAUUCACAAGGCGAUGGAACAUCAAUCACAUCAGAUCAGAUCCUGGUUAUCCGAGAACAAAUGGGAAGGCAGAAGCUGCUGUAAAGAUAAUGAAGAAUUUAAUACUGAAAACUAAACAUAAUGGUGAUGAUCCAUAUGAAGCUUUACUGGAACUCAGAAAUACACCUCGGAAAUGUACUGGAUUUAGCCCAGCUGAAAUGUGCCUCAAAAGAAGUCCUCAGACAUUGAUUCCCAGCACGUCAAAGUGUUUAAGUGAACAUGUUGUAGCUGAGAAGAAAGAGAAUUACAAACGACAAGUAAAAAGACAAGCUCGGGAUUUACCAAAACUCCAUCUAGGGCAAACUAUUUAUUACCAAAACCCAGGUCAAACUGGAUGGUAUCCUGGAAUGAUCAGGGAACAUCCAUCUCCAAGAUCUUAUAAGAUCAAGGGAGAUAAUGGAGGACUCUACAUACGCAACAGAUUUCAUAUUAGGCCAAGUAAAACUAUUUUGAAAGACACUGACACAGAUGUCUAUGAUGGGAAUGUCUUGGAUGAUGAUGAUGAUAAUGAAAAGCCAGAUUUCUCUGAUAACUGUUCUCAACAUGCAUCACAGUCUGAAGUAGUUUCUCAUGUACCAGACAAUAAUUGUGAUAGAAAUAUGCCAACAAGAACUAGCACUCGAGAAACAAAUAGACAUGUGUGGCAUAGGGAUUAUGAUAUGUACUAA